AUGUGCGCAGGCCCCUGGCUGCAGAAGUUUCAGGCCGGCGGUAGUGCUGGUCUUCUCCGCGAUGGAAAGAAGACCACCUGGGAGGGCGGCGUACGCGAGCCCGCAUUUGUCCACUGGCCAGGUCGCAUCACUCCAAACAUCACUAGCGCCGUUGCGGCCACGUACGACAUCCUGCCCACGGUCGCUGCGCUGACAGGCGCCAAACUGCCAACAGACCGCAUCAUUGAUGGACGCGAUCUGUCGCCCGUUCUGUUCAGCGGCGCCGCCUCUCAGCACGACUGCCUCUUCAUCUACAAGGGAACAACCGGAGCUGCGUGUCCGCGUCAGCAUCCAAACUGCCCCGGGCUGUGGGCCGUGCGUUGCGGUGCUUACAAGAUGCACUACGUCACGUCAGAGUCGCUGAAGGACCCGGCCAACGGCACAUUCCACGACCCCCCGCUCAUGUACCAGAUCGAGAACGACCCCUCCGAGAACUGGCCGCUUGACCCCGCGUCCGAGGAAUACAAGCAACAGCACAAGAUCAUCACCGCCGCUGUUGACGAACACCUCCGCAACCUGAAACCCGUCCCAAACCAAAUGGCCAAGGGCUUGAACAAGGACCUGAUCAUUUGCGGUUGCCCCAACUCCCAGAAACAGUAUCCGCAGUAUCCAAACUGCACAUGCAACCCCGAAAACUUCCAAGUCGACGCGUGCACGAGCAAGAUCAAGUUGUUUGAGGACGAAGCAUUCACCCGCCCGUCGGGCAGCUUCUACUCUCCAUGA